CAGACGCACCCAUGACGUUUCUACACCACUACAAGUAAAAGUUACCACUCCAAGAAUAAAGAAUCUCUACUAAGAAGAGAAAUAUAUACAGAUGCGUAACUACAUAGUUGUUCGUUGAAUAUCGCAUGGAAAGUUGGAAGUAAGUUUAGUUCGUAUGUGGAAAGAACAGCUUUUUUGGACAUAGUCGAAUAUUCGUACGAAGUUCUCCGUUAUUUUACUGUGCAAAUAUUACAUAUUACUUCAGUACCCCAUAUUUAUCUACAUGUGCGAUCAUGUUUAAGUUAGAAAUGAAAUUUUUUUUUCAGUGUUUAAUAUCAGAUCAUUUUUAAAGCCAGUAAUGAAAGAUUUUAUCAUUAUCGAAGUUUCCGGCCACUCCAGGGACACGAAGAAGGGUUCCAAACGAAUGUACAGUGCUGAUGGUUAAAUUUGAAGUUUCUGUCUCAUUUGUGAACAAAAUUUUUAUAAUUCUUUUUAAUAGUGGACAAUGACGUCCAUAAUUGGUGUGAUAAAAUUAUUUAGUAAUGACAUAUUCGUAUGUGAUUAUUACACUCUAAAACCAAACGGGUUUCAAGGUGGUGGUGGUGGUUGUGGUGUUUGUUAGGUUGAUCAUGUAGAAGAGUUUAUUAAAAGCAAAAUGACUCGGGGGUAAGUGUGAAGUGUGGUCCAUUUAUCAAGAAAGUACAUUAUUUUAAUUUUUAUCUAAAGAGAUAAGUGUGUUUCCCCUUCAACCUCAUCCCACUAUGGGUGAAUUUACAUAUACAGGACGUGCUUCUAAAUACUCGGUGUUACCCCGAUAUUGGAUUCAAGUUGUACAGUUGGUAACCGUGCUGCAGGUAUUACAUGUCCACAGCGGUGUAAGUACAGCGAGUGGUAAUGGUGGCAACACGCCAGUAAUGAGUACACGGAUAGUUCAAACGCGUUACGGAAAACUUCAAGGCCUGGUUUUACCGAUGGAGAAUCAACGUCACUUGAAGCCUGUCGAAGUUUUCUUAGGGAUCCCUUACGCAACCCCUCCAGUAAGAUCGAAUAGGUUCAGUCCGACGCGAACCCCGUCGCCGUGGGAUGGCGUGAGGAUAGCGGAUACUCAUGGCCCCGUGUGUCCUCAGAAACUGCCUGACAUCUCCAACGAGACGGCCGCCCUGGAGAGGAUGCCGAAGGGUAGAGUGGAAUACCUCAAGAGGCUGCUGCCGUAUCUGAAGAACCAGAGCGAGGACUGUCUGUACCUCAACAUCUACACUCCAGUACAAGGUAGGAGCAAGUGACAUUGAAUAUUCACA